AUGGCGGGAAAGGACAGACUUUUUAAUCCUCGGAGCUUGUAUUUUGACAACCUGGAUGCUUUGGAAUGUUGGUAUUUCAAGAAGUCAAUAAGCUCUAAUGAUAAGAUCAAUAUUGCGAGGGAACGUAUAAUCGACUACAAGAGUGCAGAACCUCUUGAUUCGGCCAGAAAGGAAGGCGAAACACCAAUCUUAACAGUUUGUCAUGAUUUUAAGGGCGGAUAUCAAAAAUGGGAAGACCGCAAUCCUCUUGGAGAAUACAAGCAUCCUACUGGCGAUCACUAUUGGCUGCGGUAUACGGAGUUAGUUGGCGAGUUCAUAUACUUUUCUCACCACACUAUCAGUAUCCCGACAGUAUGUUGGAGUAAUUAUUUACAUCGGCAUGGUACUCCUGUCUUGGGCACACUAAUACUUGAAAAUUUUGACAACGGCACAGCCGGCGCAGAACUUUUUAAGAGAAAGGAUGACGGUACGUUUCUAUUCGUUGAAAUUUUAACCUCAUUGUGUAAAACUUUCAAUUUUGAAGGUUGGCUAGUCAAUUUGGAAACAAAAUUUCCCGUCGAUGUAGCGCAUGAUGUUCCAUCUUUCGUCCAAGCUUUAACUUCAAGCAUAAAUUCCAACGUUCCACAAGGAAGAGUAGUUUGGUAUGACUCUUACCUUCAAGAUUUUAAUCGUGUGAUAUAUCAAAAUGAGGUUAAUGAAUUCAAUGAGACCUUUUUCUUCAAAUCCGACAAGUUUAUGACUAACUAUGCAUGGGAUCUCUCAAAUAUGGAAAAAACACUGAAAAAUGUUGGAAUUUUAGGGAUGCGAAAUAAAGUUUCGGUGGGCAUUGAUAUCUGGGGUAGAAGUAUGAAGGUUGGUCAGGGCGGGAUGACUACUGAUAUCGCUCUGAGCUACGUAAAAAAGUUCGGCGGAAAUGCCACGCUAUUUGCACCGGCAUGGACUUACGAAAACUUCGACCACGAACAAUUUACCAGAAUAGACGAUGAGUUCUGGACUCGCAUAGAAAACAGCAUAGGAAGAGACAAGGAUCGUGAGACGAUGCCGCUUCAUGUUGGUGGGGGAGCGAUGACAUUUUUAACACUUUUCUCGACUGGUGCGGGAAAGUAUUUCAACAUGAAUGGGUCCACCGUGUCAUCAUCCAAUUGGGUUCAACUAAGUAUGGCCUCACCAAUGCCUAUCAAAGACGAAACGCUAAAAGUUGAUGAAUCAGACGCCUACAUUGGUGGAACUUGUUUGAAAUUUACUCCAGAUAUGGAAAAAGGAAGCAUUUGCUUAUUCAGGUUUCAGCAAUAUUUCAAAGCAAAAUCAGUCGAUGACCAUAAGCUUCAAGUACGCGUUCAUUUUAAAAAUAGCAUCGAGAAGCUUUCGGUGUUUUUAAAAUUAAAUUGCUUCGUUAUUAGGCGCGGAAAGAAAUCAGGUCAAACAUUCAAAGUAAAAGAAUUUAUUGUGAAAGUCCCACUUAAAAUUUCUAAAAAUUGGGAAUAUGCCGAAUCGAGUUUCAAUAUCCCAAAGCUUUCACUGGCGUUUAACGAAGAGUUUCUUCUUGACGAUGUGUCUCUUUGUUGGUGUCCUGAUUCAUAUGAUGGAGACUUUUUAACAGAAUCUUGGGUAAUGGUUCCUGAACAAGAAGAGGAUGGGACAGACGGAGGGGGGCUUUUGCUGGGUCUUUUUUCCUUAGAACUAUUUAACCAACGUGCUAAGGUAUCUGAACAAUCACAGAAUCUGUACCUCUCACCUGAAAAUACUCUGAGGUGGAAAGACGAUCCGAAGUCAUUCAUGUGGGUAGUUCUAGAUAGCGAUCAUUUGGCGGGGGUGACAUUCACUCCAAUAUGGCCUGUUUCAGAAAAAGCCUAUUCGAACAUGAGCAUUUUGCAAGUUAAUAGGAAUGGCAUCUGUUCACAAAUCGGGGUUACUUCAAUUUGA